GGCCGUCUGCGGCAGGGCAGGCGGUCUCCCCGGGUGCUCAUACUUCGCCUAGAAUGCCGAACUCGACGAUCCCAACUGGCCCACGAGCUCUUCAACAACGGCCGUCUGUGUCUCGCGGUCCGCCAAAGCCCAAUAAACAAUGGGUCCGUCCUGGAUAUAGUCGUCCGCCAACUGGGCCAAGCUCGACUGUACCUACAAAACGGGAAUCCAUCGAUGAAAACGAGCGCAGUCUUUCGAUCAGCGAAGAACUCCGGCGUGACUCGCGUACCGAUAAUGAUGAUUCGGGGUCGGGGCCAGAGGCAGGAGAGAUUGUCAGUGAAAAGGAUCCCACCGAAUCCAAACUCGACUUUUCAUCAUCUCCACCUCCAGUGGCGCAACCAGAGUUGCCUCGUGAGAGAUCGGCUGCACCCCCGAAGAAACUAGAGACACCAGAAAAGAUACCGGAGAAGACGCCAGAGAAGAUGCGAGAGAAGACACCAGAGAAGACGCCGGAAAAGGCGCGGGAAAGGACGCCGGAAAAAUUGCCAGAAAAGACAGCGGAGGCACCGGCUAGUGUUGUGAUCCCCGAUUUCACACGGACUAGCGACGAAGAGGAAGACGAGAAUGUUGUCUUCACACAAGACUAUCUCGAUGAGCGCAAAAGGAUCUUCGAGAAGGACAUGAAGGCGCUUCGGGCCGAGCUUCCUCCAUCUCCAUUGGAAGAUCCUACUAUUGUGGCAUUACUAAUGCGUAUCCAGCUACUGGGUGCUCUUGCCCAUGCCACCGUUAAAGACAAAACACCAAGCCCUCCGCCUGCCCCGGAAAAGGAAAAGGUAGCCAGCGAUGAAGUUGCUCAGCCAAUGGACGUGGACAGCCAGCCAAAUGGAAAGGCCGAAAACCACGAACCGCUGACCAAGGAGGCCAUAGAGUCCGUACCCGCUGCCGAGGUACUCACCAUUGAGAAUCUACCAUUUCUCAACACGGGUCCCCCGACCCCAUUGUCAGAUCUCGACAUCUAUCAGGAGAAUGCAGCAGCUCACGAGCGGCUCAAAGACUUAUUACAUGGAGAGCUUAUGAAGCAACGUAAAGAGAUCGCUCAAAAGAAUGCUGGGCUACGGCUUGAUUAUCUUGCUCACUACAAGCCCUGGAGGCUAAAUGUAUGGGAAUUGGAUAAUGCCAAAGAAAAGACUUCGGUCACCCCCGGGCCAACCACGCCACCUGCUGCCCCUAUUCCUGUGACAGCUACACCUACCGUGGAAAGCGGGAGACGAUACAAAGGCAACAGCGAGCUGGAUUUCCAAAAUGCUCUUCGCGCUUCUGAGAUCUCAGCACAGGAGGAGCUGGAGAAGCGUCGCGGCAACAAGGCUACAGCACAGCCAGACCUGUCCCGCGAGGCCGUCAUUCCGGAUAUGCUGGAACCACGUGAGGUAAAAGCUCGUAUCUAUAAAGACACCAACAACAUCAUUGAUCCCCAAAAUGCCAUGGACGUGUUUGGCUUUCUGCCGCCGCCCAAUGACUUCACCAAGGAGGAACAUGGGAUUUUCACAGAUGCAUUCAUGGCACACCCCAAGAAAUGGGGCAAGAUCGCAGAGUCACUUCCAGGACGCGACUUCCAGCAGUGCAUUAUUCAUUAUUACCUUACUAAAGAAGAGAUCAAAUACAAGGCUAAGCUUAACAAGCGGUGGAGUCGUCGAGGAAGGGCCAGAAGAUCAGCCAGACCGAAGUCGAAUGCGCUCAUGGCUGAUCUGGGUGUGGUCAAGCCUGACUACGAAGGGGAAGAAGAGCCAGCGCCUGUCACUGAUACUGGUCGUCCCCGACGUGCUGCUGCUCCCACAUUUGGAGACUCUUCGGCGGACACGGAUGCGAACGGUCGUCGCGGGAACGCGUCCAAGGAUGGAGAACAAGCGGAGAAACCUAGCCGGCGAGGGCCUCGCACUGGCGGGGGUACUCGUGGUGGUCGGCGAGGCAAAGCUGCCCAGCAGCAGCAACAGCAACAACAGCAGCUACAACAGCAGCAGCAGCAGUUACAGCAGCAGCAGCAGCAGACACCGCAGCCGACCCCGUCUGAGCAAUCAGCUCAAACAACGCCGGUGCCAACUGUCGGGAUUGCCCUCACUCCCGUACCAAAGACAGAAAUAUUCGAACCCUCCCUUGAUGGAGCUGUUGCCGAAGUUCCGAUCGUUCGCAAGGAGCCGCAAGAGAAAGAGCCUAGCGAUGUACCACCUCGAGCGAGAUCAGGACGAGGACGUCAGAAAGAGGGGGUUUAUGUUUUCGAGUCGACCGAGCAGGAGGCCCCCGCACCCGCUAGGCAGCCCGAAGCCAGCGGAUACGGAUCCUUGCAGCCCACAAGUUACUGGUCGGUGCCCGAGCAACGCGACUUUCCCCUAUUGCUGGCACAUUUUGGCCGCGAUUUUGAGGGUAUUUCCAACUUCAUGAAAACUAAAACAACAGUCAUGGUUAAGAACUACUUUCAGCGCCGAAUUGACUCCGGUAAUAAGGAUUUUGAAGAGAUUGUUGCAGAGGCCGAGGCGAAGAAGGCUCGCGGUGAGCCAACUGGUCCUUUACCCGUGCCGAACUUCGCCUCGAAGCGACGCUACGAAGCUACACCCUCUGCAAUAAUCAUGCCCCGGCCUCUUGCUCCCCACACGGAUGCAGCAGUGCCUGAUGCGGAUGAAAGUCGGCUUGGGCCCAAAACCAAGCCAAUCGGGUCAUCUCAACAGGUUCCUCUCCAUACUCGCCCUGUGCAAGAAAAGGAGCGUAAUGUAUCGCGCUAUCCUCCGCUUGCACAGGCCAAUGCCGUUCCGAUGCCUAUCCUUGGCGGCGAUGACGCUUCCAGAGCCAUGCGCCCUCAGGCUACCUUGCCACCGCGACUGCAAGGACCACGCCUAGGAUAUUUCGCCGACGACCGGCGCGAGAUUCCAGGAACCGUGCUUUCUCAUGUCCCUGCUUCUCAUGCUCAAGAAGUGUCCAUCUCUUCCCGUCAAACGCCGGUGUCUGCUGCGGAAAUGGCACGUCUUGACCCACUCCAUGCCCAGGGCUAUCGGGCUGCUAAUGUCGACAUGCAUGGGUCGCCAUUACUUCCAGUACAGGCGGCAAUUCCUGCCUCCCAGUCAGUGUAUAUGCCACCCCAGCAUCAACCGUCCUUGAUGCCUACUGGGUCUCACUCGCGACAACCGAGCCUCACAAAGACCCCUAGCUCGCCCGCUCAACCACUUUUGGGACAUGAGCCCGAACACUCCCCUAUUCGGCGUGAAUCGAUAUCGCAGCGGCCGUUCUUUACACUGCCAGGUCAACCCGCAAGUGUUGUCCAACCUCCGGUUUUGUCGCCUCCUAAAGAGCUUUUCCGACCUGGGUCGACUCCGCUUGAGCCUCCCGAGCCGCCUCGUGUGCCUGCCAAACGGUCCAAUAUUAUGAGUAUUCUCAACGACGAACCGGAGGAGCCACAGCCACGGAAACGGUUCGCUAGCGACCAGGUGUCUACUCCUGCAAGCAACAUGGGAUCUCCUUCCCGUGCUGGGUUUGCCGGCAUGCAGUCAAUUCCCCAGCCGCCUCCUUCACGGCCAGAAGACAUCACCUUGUCGGCUCAACCGAAGGGCCCUGUCUAUGGGGCGCCCAGCCCAUAUCUUCCGCCCUCCCGCACGUAUGCUGAAUACCAGCCUUACGGCUCUGUAUCCGGGGGAACUGCUCCAGCAAAUAAUGAUUGGAUGGCACGGUUCGAUCCCAGAGCGCAGCAACCUCCGCCACCUCCGCAUCAGCAGCAACAGCAGCAACAACAACAACAACAGCAGCAGCAGCAGCAGCAGCAACAGCCCAGCGGCCGCCCGUCAGCAUCCCUCGCCUCUCAGCCCGCUUACUCUCCCUACACCUCGCAUCAAUCUUUGCCUGGCCCCUCGUUGCAGAACCUCACAACACCAUCGCCUGCUCCCACACCUUCACCGGCUGCGGCUCAGCGGCCUACUUAUCAUGCUACGGUAUACGCUCCGUCCCCUGUGCCUCAUGCUCAGGCCAGUGCGGCCGCAUCACGUGAAAUCGCCGCGCAGAAUGCUAUGUAUCGACCGGCGGUCGGCUCUCCCACGCCCCGUAAUGGUAGUCUUCCGUCCUAUGGAUCCAGACAGGGACCGCCCACGCCAAUUCAGUCGCCCGCUAAUAUACUGGGUAUGUCCUCCCGACAACCAGCUGUGACCACAUCGGCAUAUGUCUCGGCACCAGCCACGCCUGGAGCCGGGAUGUCUGCGCAGCAACAUGCGAACCAUCAGAGUUAUCAGCAACAUGUCCAGACUAUGGUCAACGGGGCUCAUCAACAGGCGGCGCAUCGGUCGGCGCUGGGACUGGCUGGCGCCGUCGCUUACGGUCACAGCACCCCGCCUCCGCAGGCUCAAAUGUCCCGGGCAGCGGGCCUGCCUGGGCCGGGCCCUCAACCGAUGGCCAUGGGCCGGUCGUACACACCACCCGCGAUCUUGCAACCAAACCCGGCCGGGGGACUAAGUUACGCGCCUAGUGGGGCUGUGCACGCUUUGCAAGCACGGCCCCCAGGGCCUGGGAGCCUCGAACCGGGGCCGCAUGGGACGCCCGGGCACCAUCGUGUGUACAGCCAGGGGUCGAAUCCAGGGCCGCUUCCUGGACCGAUGAAUCCGCAGCAUGCUCCACGAUAGAGCUCGGUAGGACUUUAUAUAUGCACAUUCCAUGACUAUGUCUAUAGUGUUUGAAUGGGGGAUGGAGGGGGAAACUGGUGUUUUGUAUUAUCUUAGAGCUUUCUUGCCUGUAUUGUG